AUGACCUCUGGACUGUAUACAGGCCCUCUCCUGGUUCUGCUCUGUCUCCUCCGUAGCUCUGAGGAGACCUGUCCCUCCAUGUGCCUCUGUGUAUCUGACACAGUGAGUUGUAGCUCCAGUGGUCUGGCCAAGCUACCUCAUUCCCUGCCCUCCUUCUCUGUCACCCUCGACCUCAGCCACAACCAUUUGUCGUGGUUGGGUCCGGGUGGCUUCAAGAGGAUGCCCAGACUGGAAAACCUCCGUAUGGCCCACAAUCAGGUCAGCUCCCUGGGCCAUGGUGCGUUUCACAAUGCCUCCGGCCUCAGGCUCCUCGACCUGUCCUCCAACAAGCUGCAUGUGGUGGAGCAACACUACUUCCAGGGGCUGUGGAGGCUGGAGGAGCUGCUUCUCUUCAAUAAUAAGAUCACACAGGUGGAGGCCGGCACGCUGAGCGGUCUGAGCAGCUUAAAAAAGGCCUACUUUAGCCUCAACCAGAUCACACACUUCCCAUUCUUCUCCAUCCAAGACCACAGUCAUCCUUUCCUGAACAUGCUGGACCUCUCGUCGAAUCGUAUGACUCGUAUACCAUGGGAGGACGUGAAAGCUUUGCCGGGGUUGGUACAGCGGGGGUUGUACCUCCACAACAACUCUCUGAUCUGUGACUGUUCCAUGUACAGUGUGUUCUGGCACUGGGAUCUGAGGGGUUAUGACUCUCUGAAGGAUUUUACGGAUGAGCACACUUGCACCAUCUAUGGGGAUCCACAAGCAUCCAUCCGGUUCCUGCGACACACCCGUUUUUUCCACAACUGCACGGUGGAAAAAGCAGUCUCACAGCCAGUGACCGUGCUCCUCUCCAGCGUGGUGGUUUCAGAGGGGGAAAGAGUGCGUCUAGACUGCCAAACAUCCCUGAGUAGCACAGAACUUUCAUUUACAUGGCUCUCCCCCAGCAAGGGGUACAUAACCCAGGCCAGCAUAAAUGACAUGCUAAUGACCCUGUUUGCUAAUGGUACCUUGGAGAUCCAAGCAGCCAAGGUCAAUGACUCAGGUCUGUACGUGUGCACAGCGGUGGAUAUUAAACAGGCACGAAAUGCAACCCGUGAGGUGAAUGUGACCGUGCUGCUGCCUGCAGCCGAGUCAUUCAACACCGGCUACACCACGUUGCUGGGCUGUUUGGUGACCAUGGUCUUCAUCCUCAUGUACCUCUACCUGACUCCAUGUCGCAGCAGCUGCUGUAAACAGCCCAAACCUCCACAUAUCCCCAUUGCGACCUACGACCCCAGCGACCUAACUUCCGUUUUCUCCCCUUCUACAAGACACCAGCCCAAAAUCCAAACUAACAAGCAUGUAGCAUUCAUGGAGCCAAUGAUACACGAGGACGGAGCAGAACUGACACCUGCAAGUUGAUGCUUUCUUUUUCCUUUUUUGGGGUGGAAACAGAAGACAUCUGGGUAAAAUCAGAAACUCCUUACUCAGGAUUUAGCAGCGAUAUGCAAUCAGAAGUGAGUGUUAACGCUGUAAAAGGAAAAAAGAACAUCAUGUGUCUUUCCUGACUCCCGGCUGCAGUUAAAAA